CCCUUUGCCACCAUACCCGAAGUGUCACACAACCAGAUCAUCCCGUCCGCUUCUUUGCCACCGACCUUCUCUUGUCUUCCAGGCCAGACAGCGAACAACACGUAUCUUUGGCAGAAAGGAAAGAGCGCCAUUGUAGGCCCUAUUCAACAUGUCUCAAUUGCCCCAGCUGCCAUUCGAGUGCAUCCAAUGCAUCGUCUCCAAACUCGACGGCGACAUCUUCACGCUCUUCAAGCUCCUGACCGUUCACAGCUCCUUCUUCAGAGCUACUCUCCCCGUACUCUAUCGCGACCCUUAUAGAGCAUUGCAUAACCAAGUACGACAGCAUGCCUUGAUGCGCAACCGCUCCUGGCCAGCCUUCUCAUCUUCACUGCGAGCCAAGCAGCUGCUUUACUUGCUCAUCCUAUCCUGCCGUAGAGCAGAUGAUCUUGCGCCCUUCCUCACACCGGACUGGUGUGAUCCGAUCUCGCCCCUCGUCUCGGUUCGACCGCUCAUGGCGGUUUACAUCGAUCAUCUUGGAGAUUUGCUUCACGAUGGAUGGAUAAACACACUUAAGCUCUUGGCACCUGAACUCGACACUACUAUGGAGCUUAUCCUCAUUCGCCAGUUUCGACUCCUGUUCUUGGAUCAUCAGAAGGAGCGUGUUCGAGACCUCUCUAUCCCCGUCACCCAUUUGGAGCCUUAUAUGGCUCUUGUUCCUCACCUGAAGAACCUGGAGCGGAUCCGAUUUUACGAAGAUGAACUGGACGGUACUCAGGACCAAGACACGGACUGGAACCAAGCUCAAAAUCUCGACCCUGAAGAGGCGCACGAGAAUCACGAGAACAACACUCCAGAUGCUAACAAUCCUAUUCCAGAUGCAGAGGCGGCAGAGGAGAACCCAGAUGCGACAGCGGAGGGUAAUCCAGAUACCAGCAACCCAGAAUCAGAUGCCGAGGUUGCAGAAAAUAAUGCAGAUACCAACAACGCCGCGCCAAACGCAGUUAUAGAGGAGGAAGCCCCAUAUGCGACACUGCAGGAUAAUUCAGACGCCAACAACUCCGUGCCGGGUACAGAAACAGUGGAGGUGCAUUCAAUGGAGAUUGCAGGGAUGAAUGGGAACAUUAGUGCUGAUGAGUAUGCUGAGGAUGCAGGAGCCGCUAGAAACGAACCAGCAGAGCGGCAGCCUGAAGGAGGAGUGUCCGACAAUGGAGUUGGAGCCGAGCACGAAGAUGCAGUCCACGAAGGCGCAGAGAAUAACGAGAGCGCAGGGGAUAACGAAGGCGUACAGGACAUAUCCGUGAUUACCGAAGCGGAUAGCGGCGUCCAAGAGAAUAUUGGCGAGCAGGGCGAGAGCGAAGGCAAUAACGGGGAUAACGCCAUUCGAGAGAGUGUCAAUGGGAAUAAUGAGGAGCAGAUCAACCAUGAUGUCGACGGUGUCCAGGAACACGUCGUUGAGGCCAACGCCGCCCAAAACAAUAAUGAGGACAACACCGACCGAGAGAACAUCAACCAACACGACGGGGAGCAAGGCAAUAACGAGAACGGCGAUGAAGGUGGCGGCAACCAGGAGAACAAUAAUAACGGCGACGUCAAUGAUAACGGUAACAACAAUAACGGCGACAACGGCGACAACGGCGGUCAGGAGGAUGGCGAAGGGGACAAUGCACAACAAGCGCCAGCGGAACCUCCAUUUGAUCCAACGCAUCGCGCCGUGGCCUUUGUUAAGGCGCAUCGAGCUUUGUUUAACCCAAGUCGCAUUCCCGAGGGAUCGAGCCAGCUCAAGAACCAAGGCUCCUGUCGAAAGCAGCCUCCAUGUGGAUACGGUCUUUUAGACAUCAGGCCGCCAUACCGAUGGAUCAACCCUGGCUCCAGCGAUGCGCUAACCUUCGACAAGAGGUACAUUGCCCUUCUGGAGGCUAUGAAGUCUCCAGCCAACAUCGACUUUUGCAACUGGAUGUCUUUCGCGACUUUAUUGGAGAGCAUACCUGUGGAUGGCAUUACGCGCCUGGGGCAGUUCUGGAGUGACUUUUCCGAUGUAAGAUGGGAUCAAGGAAAGUUCUUGCAGCGCUGCCGGAGCCUGGAGCGAUUCAAUUCAUCUCUGCGUGGCCCCACAGUAUUUGCAUGGGCAGUGAAAGAACAGAAGGACCAUGCGACCUACAAGGCUCUUCUUCAAAACGGGGUUGCCUGCUCUGUCGUUAGUCUUGCCGAGGGUAAGAGUCAUGGCGGACACUUUGGUGCCGGUCCGGAUCCAGUUCCUCUCCGCAGGAUCACGCUCGAUAAGGGAAACGAUCUCUUUGUUGCGCCUGUUCUAAAGGACAUUUGCCUGGCAUUUAAAAACACACUUGAGUACAUCACCGUCCGACUCCGCUCUGCAGAGGGCGAUAUUCCUCUUGGAAUCGUUUUCAAUAUGCCACACCUGACUACAUUGGAUGUAUGCAUCAACCCUACUGCUCUUUUUACCGUCGGCGCAACGUUCCUGAAAUCCUGCCCUUCCCUCAAAAUCCUCAGGCUGGUGGAUAGUUCCACCAGGGAACCUGAUAUGACGGGACGUCUUCAAGAUCCAUGGCAACUUCCUAAUCUGCAGUCGCUCACACUCAUUGGCAGCAUUUGCGACGUCUUCAACUACGGGACAUUCAUGCACACUCCCGAGGUUCGCACUAUUCGACUGGAGAAAUCGUUCAGCGAUUUUGGCGUGCGCAAGGUCAAUGAGGAGUACCAAGAAUAUCUCUCGCAACCCUCUUGGUCAUGGAACUGGAGCUUGCCAAAUCUUCGUCUGAUGGUACUGAGAGGUGAGCCAGCACAUCUCUUCCGACCAUGUGUACUCCUUGGGGCACCUAAGCUGCAAAAGCUCCAUCUGGACCUAGGAGCAGUUCCAAGGACAGUCAGCAGAGCUCGAGAUUUCGUGUCAAGCCAAGAAGGUUUCUGCUCACCUGUUCGAUCGUUGGUUCUCAAGGGCCGUUGGAUCAUGAUAGAAACGGCGGAUUUGUUUUGUCAGUUUAUGGAGGCGUGGUUCAAGGACCUUCAUUACCUAAGGGUUAACGCUUCAGAGUUCUCCAGCCACAAGGCGAUUGUUGAUGGUUUGCGCGGUAUGAAGGAUUUGCGCAAAGCGUACUUCCGUCGUCAUCCAAUCUCGUACUAUACGGCAUGGGAGCUCGGACUAGAGGAGGUCGCGCUCAAGUGCUCGAGAGAGUGGGACUUCAAACGUCGUCUUGAAGUUUCGAUGAUGGAAGCACGAGAACGACGAAUCGCGGAUCGUGAGCAGCAGCGGAAAUGGGAGACAGAGGAGUUGGAGGAAACAAAGAGCCAAGAGCAAGAAGAGCUAGAGUUUAUGGCCAUGGCGUUCUCGUUUAUGGAGUAUGGUCAGGAAGGGGUGCCUGCUGCCAAGGACAGGGCUCGCUGCGAGACAACGGAUAGUGCAUGUGCGAUUGAUCAGGAACAUGAGGAAGCGGCAGAGCGGCAGCGACGCAAGGAAGAGGAAGAAGCCUUGGAGGAACAAGAGUGGGAGCGAGAAAGCCUGAAGCAGUUGCAGAGGAGCGUCUACAUGUUUAAGGGCAAGCGAUACCAUUCCGCCACACAACCGCGUAGAACAUAGAUCUGCUGCGAUAAUAAAACUUGUAUAUAUGUAUGUAUUCGUUGCUUAAGAGUCUAGUUCUUAUUUUUUAGAUUCGGGAUCAACUUUCGGGCUA